AUGGUACAUCCACUCCGGCCAACGACGACGACACUCCUUAGAAGGAACGCGACGACAUCGUCAAAAUGUGGAUCUACGACACCAUCUCCCCUUCUCUUCUCGACACCAUCCUUAAAAACCCGUAGCAGUGCUCGUCAGAUAUGGAUAUCCAUCGAGAAUUUCUUCCAUGACAACAAGGAGGCACGGGCAAUUCAACUUGACACUGAACUUUGUUCCCUUACCAUUGGCGACCUCUCCGUCCAUGACUACUGCCAGAAGCUGAAGACACUCUCCGAUCUCUUAGCCAACGUUGACUCUCCCGUCACGGAACGAGUCGUUGUCAUGCACAUGCUCAAUGGUCUCACAGAGAAAUACGACAACAUCAACAACAUCAUCCGACAUCGCCAACCGUUUCCAUCGUUUGCUACUGCUCCCUCCAUGCUGGUUGAGGAGGAGCAUCGUCUCUUCAAACAGAUCAAAACCGGAACAUCUACCUCCAUCGAGUCUUCAUCUCAUAGUGCGUUGUAUACGUUCCCUGGUGGCAACCACAACAACAAUAGCAACAACAGCAAUCCCCGUCAUAACAACCCACAUGGCGGUAACUACAACGGUUGUAGGGGACGUGGCCGCGGACGUAGUUACAACGGCAGAGGACGUGGUCGCCAACAAUGGAACUGGGGCAACAACUGGCGCAUGCCCCCUCCAUGGUUCCAAACCCCAGCAUCCGCACCACAGUAG